CGGAGAGGGGGCGUUCGAGGCGCUGCUGCUGUCAGAGUCACAGCUGCAGAGUGCGGGACGGGUGUAGACUGACUGACAGGAGGAGUCUUCACUACUGAUCAUGUCGAGUAGCCGCCUCAUUGGACGCAUCCGCAACCCUCCUCAACCCUCAACACCCGCACUAGCAUUUUCAAAGUUGUUUGUCUGUAUCAUACCCAUUGCUCAGAUUGCAAUUGGUGCCAUUCAUCUGCAUGACUGUCCGCGGGAACACUACAUCCCCAUCUAUCUGAUAGUGGGGGGGGUAUUUGGCCUGGUGCUUUCGUUGCUCUCCUGCCUGCCCUGCACCAAAACCCCCGAAGAUGGAACUUCCAACGCGCUCAGCCGAAUCUGCGUGACGUGGAACUCGUUGACAUCGUUAUUUCUCUUCUGCUGGUUUAUUGCAGGUAAUGUGUGGAUAUACUCUAUUUACCAGCCAAACUACAACAAGAAUUCAACAAGUGUGGACCCCUACUGCGACAGGACACUCUACCUGUUUGCUUUCUGGACCACCACCAUAGUGUACAUCCUCCUUGGGUUGUUCAUGUUAGGCGGCUGCUGUGUCUGCGUCUGUUUGUACCUCUUUGGCCAUGCUGACGCCGACGAUCUGUAGAGACAAACAAACCAAUAAGGAGACGGGGAGGAGAUUUUGCUGCUGAGGCUGUUAAAGUGUUCAGGAUUCAUACAUUGCAGCACAUGACCAGUAGAGCGGUGCAGGGUUGAGUCCUAAAACCAGGAAAUGAGAUCGCUUUUUAGCACGUUUGGUUCCCUCGUCUCAAAGUCAUCAGGUUUGUGGUUGGAAGCCACUGGCUUUUUGUCAGGGGAACCAUGAUGCAAACGUAUUGGCCUACAAUAAUGUGACAGUCCUGCCCCGCUCUAUAUGUAACCCCUAUCAUGUCUCUGAGUGGCACAGCCUUUGUUUUGACAACCUUACACAUGCUUGGAUCUGAGAUGCUGUAGAUUUUAACCCUGAUCACUGAUAAUGCCUGUCAGUGUUUUUCUUGAGCUUCACUCACAUCCUUUUUACAGUAUAAACGAGAUGCAUUUUGAACAUGUUGAUCCAGAAAUUGAGCUUGAACUGUACAGGAUAGUAAGAUAAAAUGGCUGCUGAUUUUUUUGUACUGUAAUGCUUGUGUUUGUUGUAUUUCUGGCAGGAAGGCCCUCUAUAAAACCUGGAUAAUACUCCA